CCCAGUUUCCCCCACAAAUUCCCUCUAUUUCUCCCCAAAAAACCCCCUCUUUUUUCCCCCUCCAUAAUUCCCACGUUUCCCCCUAAAAAUUCCCGCUUUUCCCCCCCAAAAAUUCCCGGUUUUUCCCCGGAAAUGACGCAAAUUCCGUGACUCAAAAUUCAGGAAUUUCCCCGUCCCCUCGCCAAGUGGGCGUGGCCUCAUCGCAAACCACACCCCCUCCUCUCUCCACCAAUCAAAUCGCGCCGUGGGCGUGGCUUCCACCCCCCUCCUGUUAUAACCCCGAGGUCGCGGGUUCGAAUCCCGGCAUUUCCUUUUUCGCCAUGUCGAUGGUGGCGGCGGUCGCGGCCACCGCGAGGUGUCCUGGCCGGGUUUGGGGACAUCUCGAAGGUGUCCCCAAAGGGGUGGCACCGUCCCCACCUCGUCACUUCACCUUCGAACCCCUCCCGCCGCCCCCCGGCCCUUCCAGGCCUCGGCGGCGCCAUCGGCGCGUUCUUUAUCCGCCCGCUGUGCGUCGCCCCCUGCCCUCGGAAGAACCCAGCGCCGCCAAGCGCCUCCUGCUGCUCCUCCUGGCCGUGGUGGGCACCCAAAUCUACAACGCGCCCGGCGACGUGGCCGACGUCACCUCGGGGGGGACGAGGACACCCCUGGGGACGCCCCCGAUCCCAGAGGGACCCCAAAUUCCCAACGGGACGGCGCUGGUGGCACCCACGGGUGGCUCCUGCCCCUCGCUGUCGGUGUCGCCCCCUGGUGGCGCCAGGACGCGGUGAAGACCCCGCCCCCGAACCGCGCUGGGGGCGGCGCCCGGGACUGCCACGCCCUCCUGGAUUAAUUAAUUAAUUAACGAGGGCGUUAAUUAAGGCGGAAGAGCUCCGGCGCCGGUGUUGGACGAUCCCAGUUUGGAACUGGGAGGACUGGAAAGGGGCGGAGUCCUAGAUGGAGGGGCGGGGCUUCACAUUCCCUAAUUAAUUAGAUGUGUAAUUAAGCCCUAAUUAACGACCGGCUCGUUGAUUAGCUGCCAAUUAAGGUGGGAACAAGCCCCACGUGUGAAUUUUGAGGUUGGACCAAUCCCAGUUUGGAACUGGGAGGACUGGGAAGGGGCGUGGCCAGGAUGGCCUCGUUAACGAGGGUUUUAAUUAACGAGGUCACCUCUACCUCAGCUUCAGCGCCUGUGGCUGCUGAACGGAUUAAUUAAUUAUUUUUAAUUAUUGUAACUAUUUAUUCACCAGUUA